UUGAGUUUAGGUUAGGGUGUGAGGUGUGAAUGCAAAAUAGGUUCACACUUCACAUUCCGGUGACGUCAGCAACGGUUUCUGCGUGCGCAAAGUCGCUGGUUUUGGUUCCCCCAAAUUUCCUUUUGCUAUUCAGCGUGCCCCUCUCAAUUUCUAAUCAAUAAUCGAAUUAAGGGUAGGUUGACCAUGAGGUACAAACCCUAUACUAAAUGCUGACUCCUUGCAUUUGGGGUGUAUUUUGAAGUUACAUUCUUUCUGGAAUUUUGAAAUCAACAGGUAAAUUUCCUGAAAUAAGCUGAUAGAGUAGAGAAGCUUAUGGGGUUGUAGCUUCUGGAAAUUUUGAUUUGGGGCUGGUGGUUUAAAGAAGGUGCUCCUUCAGAUAGUGGAAUAUUUUACACAUGGCUCCAAAUCUGAGGCUGAGAUUAUGUUUUCCCUUGUUUUUAUUGUUGAGUUUUCUCUUUUUGGGUAAUUCAAUUGCUGAAUCGGAACAUCAAGUUUCACAUAAGAUCAUCGCUGCUCCUCAUAAGGAUGUAGGAACCAAUGUAAUUGAUGGCACUGGUGUAGAGAAAUCCUUUAAGUUUGAGGAUGCCAAUAAUGUGGUGGGUAAUUGGAAGGGUGGAAGCAGUAAGGUUUCAGUUUCGACGGUUGCAUUAUUUACACUGGCAAUGGCAGCUGCCACUGGUUUAGGUGCCGUGCCCUUCUUCUUUGUUGAGCUUGAUCCACAGUGGGCUGGAUUAUGUAAUGGAAUGGCUGCAGGUGUCAUGUUGGCUGCUAGCUUUGAUCUAAUACAGGAAGGGCAGGAGCAUGGUGCUGGAAAUUGGGUUGUCACUGGGAUCCUAGCUGGUGGAAUCUUUAUUUGGCUAUGUAAAAAGUUUCUUGAGCAAUAUGGGGAUGUAAGCAUGUUGGAUUUAAAAGGUGCUGACGCUGCCAAGGUUGUUCUUGUUAUUGGAAUAAUGACCCUCCAUUCUUUUGGGGAGGGAUCUGGUGUCGGGGUCUCAUUUGCUGGAUCAAAGGGUUUCUCUCAAGGCCUGUUGGUAACUUUGGCUAUUGCGGUACACAACAUACCAGAAGGAUUAGCUGUGAGCAUGGUACUUGCAUCAAGGGGUGUCUCUCCACAGAAUGCUAUGUUAUGGAGUGUAAUUACAUCUUUACCUCAGCCAAUUGUUGCUGUUCCUUCAUUCAUUUGUGCCGAUGCAUUCAGCAAGUUUCUUCCUUUCUGUACUGGAUUUGCUGCUGGAUGCAUGAUUUGGAUGGUUGUUGCAGAAGUGCUUCCUGAUGCAUUCAAGGAAGCCUCAGCUUCACAAGUUGCAUCAGCUGCAACCCUUUCUGUAGCAUUUAUGGAAGCUCUCAGCACCUUCUUUCAGAACUUCACCCAUGAUUACAGUUCUGAAGAUGCCUCUGGCUUUUUCGUUUCAUUACUUUUCGGCCUUGGCCCCUUACUUGGAGGGAUACUUUUGGUUGCAUUUGCGCUUGCUUUUCAUCUUCAGCAUGCUCUCCUCAUGGGCACAGCUUGUGGUAUUGCCUUUGUUCUUGGUGCCUGGCGACCAGUGCAGCUUAUUUUAUCUUCAAAAUUGGGAUUUAUUCCCGUUUUGUUACUCCUUGCAAUGGGGGCUGCUUUCAUCCAUGUUUCUACCUCUGGUGUGUUGAAGGUGGCAGCUUCCAAAAAAGCCUCAACCAAUGACUUGCCAACACUCACUGGUUUCCCCCUCAGUGUUCACACCCUUCAAUCAUUCAUAUCGUGUGGUGCAGUUGCUUUUCACGCUUUGGCUGAAGGACUUGCAUUGGGAGUGGCUGCACCAAAAGCAUAUGGACUUGGCCGUCACAUGGUCCUUCCAGUAUCUCUACACGGGCUUCCUCGAGGUGCAGCUGUAGCUAGCUGUAUAUUUGGAGCCACUGAUAGCUGGCACGGUUCUCUUGCAACAGCUGCCAUAAUUGGAUUUAUGGGUCCAAUAUCAGCAAUUGGAGCCAUUCUUACUGGUAUUGAUUAUAGUGGUCUUGAUCACAUCAUGGUUCUUGCCUGUGGUGGAUUAGUCCCUAGCUUUGGAAAUGUAGUAAAGAGAGCAAUAAGUUUGGACAAGCGAAAGAGCACUUGUGGCCUCAUUAUGGGUAUAGGGUUUGCUACUUUAUGUUUAACAUUCACUAGGUUGGUUUGCUUGCAUACACCUUACUGCAAUUCUGCACCAGAGGCUGUCAGAUGAGUCCUAUGCUCCUUUUCCUGCAUUACUCUACUGUUACUGUUAUUGUAACAGUAGAAUACAUUUCUUUAAUUUGAUUCCCAAAGACAUGGUUGGUCUAAUUUGAAGAGAUCCUCAGUAAACAAACUAGGAAGAGCAAUGUCUAGUGGAAGUUCGCUAAGAAGGAAGCAGAUUUACAAGUGACCGAAGAUUUCAUAUAGAUCAUGUCCUUGUGUCAUAUUUUUGUGUGUACUUUUAUGUACAGUUCUACACAUGAUCUAAAUUUCCAAACAAUG